AUGGAAUAUGUUAGCUACAUUGUAGAUGGUUUAACAUCACAGCCAGAGCUCCAGCUGCUGCUCGUCCUCCUAUUCUUGGGAAUCUAUGUGGCGACAGUGGUGGAGAACUUGGGCUUGAUUCACUUGACUGCAGUAAGCCCAUUGCUGUACACCCCUAUGUACUACUUCCUCAGCAGCUUAUCCUUCAUUGAUCUUUGCUAUUCCUCUGUCAUUACCCCCAAAAUGUUGGUGAACUUCCUAGUGAAGAAAAAUACGAUCUUUUAUUCUGAGUGCAAGGCACAGCUCUUUUUCUUCCUGGUCUUCAUGGUGGCCAGUGGUGACCUUCUCAUUGUGAUGGCAUACGAUCACUAUGUUGCCAUCUGUAGCCCACUGCUCUACCACCUGAUCAUGUCCUUUAGAGUCUGCUCAGUGCUUAUCUUGGUUUCCUUCACCCUGGGCUUUCUCUCUGCCUUAGCCCAUACAAGUGCCAUGAUGAAACUGUCCUUCUGCAAGUCCCAAGUCAUCAGCCAUUACUUCUGCGAUGUCCAUCCUCUCCUAAACCUGUCUUGGCCCAAUACACACGUCAGUGAGCUUCUGCUUUUUGUCAUUGUGGGAUUGAACACAUUGGUGCCCACCUUAGCUUUCUUCAUCUACUAUGCCUUCAUCUUCCACAGUAUCUUUCUCAUCCAAUCCUCAGAGAGUCAAUCCAAAGCUUUUGGUACUUGCAGCUCUCAUCUCAUAGCAGUGGGGAUCUUCUUUGCAUCUAUCACGUUCAUGUAUUUCAAGCCCCCUUCCAGUAACUCCCUGGAACAGAAUAAGGUGUCCUUGGUGUUUUAUUCCACAGUGAUCCCCAUGCUGAACCCUUUAAUAUACAGUCUCAGGAAGAGGGAUGUGAAGAAAGCAUUUUGGAAAUUUUUGGUGAAGAAAUGA